CGUUGACAGAUGAAAACAUUUUUUGUUUGACAUGUGAUUUUUGUUUAAUUAUAUCGUUGAUAAUUGAAUAAAUUUAACCAUAUAAGCAGAAUGGACUUAGCCAAAGUCUGCAGCAAGGCCCUUGUUGUUGCUAAACCAAAGGGAGCGCUCGGUCCUGAGAAAAAGAAGGUCAAUGUGCUGGAUGAAGAGACAUACGCAGAGGAAGUUGAGAAGAUUAUUGAGAAAGAUUUUUUCCCAGACCUUGCAAAAAUAAAAGCCCAGGCAGAAUAUAUGGAAGCUGUAGAGAAAAAUGACCUUGUGAAACUGAGAGAGCUUGAGCUGAGAUUCUCUAAACGACCGAAUACAGACAGGUCUAUAUACAACACACCUUCAACAUUUGAUACUCCUGAGAGAGGGGAGCACCCAUCAACUCAGAAAUCUACACAAGGGGUCAAUUUGCCAGAGAACAAUCUUGAAAGUGUCAUCAGUGAGACAAAAGGGUCCAAGCAGCACCUUGAUUCAUUCCUGUCGAAAAACACAAGUGAAGAUAAUGACUCGUUCUCUCAGAUUUUGGAGGAAGCAGACAAAAAACAAAGAGAGAAACAUGCAUGGCUGUUUGAAAAUGAGGAAAAUAGAACACAGGAAGAGAAUGAUCGACUAGCCCUUCCAAACAUUGAGGAUCAGGCAGCUAUUACAGAUGGCCAGGCCGGGGUCGAUACUUGGAAAUACAAGAUUAAAAACGCCCUCAUGUACAUACCCGACGGUGAGGACUACAGUGCAGCAGAACUUGUUGAAUUAAAGAAGAAAAUACCUCGAAAAAUUGUGCAUGAAAAUACGAGAUUUCAAGACAAUCCCUGGAACUCUGUGAGGAACAAAGAAGCUAUGAAACAAGCUGCCUCUGAUAAAGCGUUGUUGUUUUCUGGAAAAAUAGGGCAUGAUGGGAAAGAAGUGGAAGUUGGCAUCACACCAAGAGUUAACGGGUAUGGGUUUGUUGCCACACCAUCGCCUGCCCCUGGGGUGGAAGAUUCGCCAUUUAUGACCUGGGGCGAGAUUGAAGGCACACCCUUUCAGCUGACCAAUGAGACUCCACUCAUGCCUUCCGAUGCUCCAGCAUUUAAGAUUCCUGCCGUCCCUCACCGUGACAAACUGGCGUUGGAACUUGCAGAGAAGGCCAGCAAACAGCAUAGGGACAAGAAGGAGAAUGCUCUUAAACUUGCUUCUAGGCUGGCUAGUCCUGGGACCAGUAAAGGCUCAGCAAUAGAACGGAUCAACUCCCUCUCCCCUGCAGCUCAGAAACUUUUAGGAAACCGGAUAGGUGUCAGAACAGGGACUGAUAAAGCUCUCCGUGCCAGUUACUCCCCUUCACCAUCGCGGACUCCUGGGGACAAAACCCCGAAACUCACCCCUAAAUUGACCCCUAAAAAUAAGACCCCUGUUUACAGUAGUUCUCCUAGAUCUACUCCUGGUAGUAAGCGUGAUGCGAGUGAAGUGCCAUCGUUGACUGAUAAUCUCUUGCAUAUUCCUAAGAAACGUUCCAAAGCUACCGAUUUCUUCUGAGGAUAGAUUGUCUUAGUGAAUGAGAACUUCAACUUGGAUUAAUGUUAAGCAAGCGACUGGUGUACUGUGGCAGGUUAUUUGUGAUGAAAAAGAUCCAUAGUAUCACAAGUGUGUUCGGUGAAACCCAUCAGGCAAUGGGUGCAAGCAGCCUUUUAUAAACUCCAAAUAACAACUCAGAUGGAUAAACUUGGACUAACAAGCAGACUUCUUGCAUAAGGGAGAAAUUGGACUGAGCAUAGUCUCUUCAUUUUCAUAUCAACUUCAUAGCAAUAUGCGCAACUGCUCCAAUCCUAGAGUUAAUCAACAUAUAGGAUUAAAAAUAUUGUUCUUACCUGAACUGUAACCUUUUCAAGUUUGAGCCUAGAUCAGUUGUGGUUCAGUUGUGCACUUGGCCAUUAUUCUUUCCAUAUUAUGUAACUGUUUGGUUUUGCUAUGAGUCAUUUAUUAUGGACUAUUACAAGCAUUUACAUUUACCAGCAGUUUGAUACUUUACUGUUUAUCCACAAAUGGAUUUGAAGAAGUUAAAGGCAUAAUAAAAAGGAAAAUAGAA